GUUAUCGUUGUCGUCGUCACUACUUCCAUCUUCAUGGACGUAGCCAUUGUGGCCCAAGGUAUCUGGUGUCGCUGUGAUACCCAAAUUACCAGGCAGGUGAUGCCAAAGAAAAAGCGUGAAUACACAGAAGAAGAGAUGGCGCAAUGGGAGGCGGAAGAAGCCGUUAAGAAAACACAGAGACAAUCGGCCUUUGAUUCAUUGGCAGCCGAGUGGACUAGCCAGAAUAAACCAUUCAAAAGCGAUUUCAUUGGCACGUAUGAAUGCGAUGAUGUGGCAGCUGCCGAUCUAGUUCGUGAAACUCUUGGCAUUGUGGUGCAGUCAGAUGCAGCUUGUCCAGGUCGUACUCCGAAGCCAAUGGAAAGCUGGGCGGACAUAGACAUCCUGCCUUCGUGGAUUAACAGGUCUCUGCAAGAGCACGGCUGGCCGUCUCCCAUGCCAGUGCAAGCUCAAGCAUUCCCAAUCUUGCUCGCGGGGCGCAACCUCAUUGGCAUCGCGCAGACGGGCAGCGGCAAAACGAUCGCAUUCUCGCUGCCAGCCUUGAUUCACGCUGAGGACCAGCGCCCCCUUGCUCGAAACGACCAGGGGCCAAUCGUUCUGGUGCUGGCUCCCACGCGCGAGCUGGCCGUCCAGAUUGCCGAGGAGACGGAGAAGUUGACAAAAUACUCACACGACAGCCCUGCGCACCCCUCUGGCCUGCGGACGACCUGCUUCUAUGGAGGAGGCAGCAAAAAGGAUCAGCUGUGGAGGUUCUCGGGCGAGGGCUCGCACAUCGUCGUGGCAACGCCGGGCCGCCUGCUGGACUGCAUCGCAGAAGGAUCGGUGUCCUUACAGCGUGUUACGUACUUCUGCCUUGACGAAGCUGACCGCAUGCUGGACAUGGGCUUCCGCGGUGACAUGGAGCAGCUGAGCUCCACCAUCAGAGCCGACAGGCAGAUGGUUUUCUUCUCUGCGACUUGGCCAAAAGAUGUCGAGAGCCUUGCUCACAACCUGUGCACAACUGGGCAGCCUGUCACUAUACGAGUUACGGCAGCAGGCAAAGAGAGUGAAGAGUUGGUAGCUCGGGAGGGCAUCCACCAGGAUGUUGUUAUUAUCGAGGAGCUUCCCGCAGGCAGGGGCAUGGACAAGUGGGGAAAGCAGGACGAGAUCAAGAAGAAAAUGUUGGACGCACAUUUAAAGAAGGUUUUAGCAUCUCCUCAGGCAAAAGUCAUGAUAUUUGUCAACGAUAAGCUCUUCGCUGACAGCUUGGCGAACAAGCUCUGGGAAGAAGGCGUGCCGGCAGACUGCAUGCACGGCGGGCGCCCUCAGGAGCGGCGCCUGUCGAUCCUGGACUGCUUUCGGAAGGGCAGCCUGCGCGUCUUGGUAGCAACCGAUGUCGUGGGUCGGGGGCUGGACAUCCCUGAUGUCACGCAUGUUGUCGUCUAUUCCUUCAACACCGCGCUGGAGUACAUUCAUCGGAUCGGGCGGACCGGCCGAGGAGUAGAUGGCACGGGACACGCCCUGGUUUUUUUCGAGUAUACGCCCAAGAACGUGUCUGCCGCCGAGGAGCUGAUCGAUGUCCUCGAGCGGUCUGGACAGGAAGUCCCGCCUCAGCUUCGAGUGAUUGCAGAUGAGGUAAAAAGUGGUAUCAGGAGAGAUUUCUACAAGGACAGGGACGACUACACGAAAGACUGGCAGCAGGGCUAUAGCAAAACAUGGCAGGACUGGGGCGGCGGAUGGUAGUGCAGCCAGUGAAGUUCUAAGGAGAGGUGGCCACUGCCCAGGCGUCGGCGACGCCGGCUUGCCCACAUCUUCUUGGCGCCGAGUCAGGAGGGGAAGUGAGAAGGAUAAGGCCUUCUCAGAAGGCGGCGGGACUCCCCAGAAGCCCUCGCGGAAGUCUUCCGUGUCUUCGGGGAAGGCUUCGAACAUCUUCUCAGAAGGAUGGGGGACUUCUGAGCCUUCUGAGAAGGCCCGCCCCUUCUUACUUCAGCCCCGUGCGCGCCGCUGAUGACAUGCUUUUGCCAGGCCAAUUCGACGACAAGCCGUCUUCCCGGUCCCCGCCAAUGAAUCUUCACCGUGAGGCAUGGUCUUGCGCGUUAAGAAU